AUGUCUAUUCAUGAAGUGAGGAUUGACAUAGAGGAAAACUAUUUGCUACAUGAAAAUGGGAUUGAGCUUGUCGCAUCCCCUCCUCAUGGCGAAAUUGGAAUGAGGAAUAAACGCUUCGCACUGUACCGGGCUACACUGAAAGGUGAUUGGGACAGAUUUCAAGGAAUUGACAUGAAACAUGAAAUUAAUAUGACAGCUAAGCUAUCAAAGGAAGGAGACACAGCUCUACACAUUGCAGCUGCAGCAAGGCGCACUGGUUUUGUGAAAAAGUUGCUUGAGCAUAUGAACAAAGAUGACUUAUCCAUAAAAAAUAAUGCUGGCAACACAGCCUUUUUUCUUGCUGUUUCAUCCGGGGAGGUUGACAUCGUCAAAGCUUUGAAAGAGAAGAAUGAAGACUUGGUAAAGAACCGUGAGAAAGACAUGAUGGAGAAGAAUGAAGACGUCGUAAAGAACCGAGGUGAUAAUUACAUUUUACCACUUCUCCAAGCAGCUGUGAUGGGAAACAAAGAGAUGGUAGAAUACUUUUAUGAAGCCACUCGAGAUGAGUUAUUAGAUGAUAAUGAAUCGCGUCAAAAUUGUGUUGUCGACUGA